UACUUAGACGCUGAUAGUGGGUGACGAGAGGCUGGUUUAUUAUAGGACAGGGCUAGAACACAGUGAUUCUAAACCUGUCUUUGGUUAGAAUAUCACCUAAGUUCGAACUUGUUUUAUCAUCCUUCGGCCAAAAGUAUUGUCUUCCCGUAGGACGUGGAGCGUAACGCGACGAAGUUCUGCGCAGCAAUAAAGGAGCCCUGGUGCAAAUGUUUAAGCGCAUGCUUUUCAAUACUGUUUAUGAUCUGUGACCGUGAUGUUUUGUUGUUCCGCGAACCAACGUAUAAGUCUCGGACUUUUACGUUGGAGGUUUCUGGCAGCGUGUUCAAAUAACCUCCAAGACUCUUCCUUGUUGAUUCUGAAGUCGUUCUCUACCUCUCACUGCGCUUCAACCAAGAAAGAGGUGAGCAAAGCCUUGAAGCAGUGGACUCUUGUUGUUAACCCCUUCGGCAAAGUACGGGUUCAGCUCCAAUGUAACAUCUCUGUACGACCUCUGGACCCGCACGCUUUCCCCGAGGCGAACCGGGCCUUCAUCACCAUUCAUGGCACCAGCGCAGAUCAAGCCGUCCAACUAGACAGCUUCCAGGUGCACUAUGAUGACCAAAACAAGGAACUGUACAUCUUGUCCGAGGUCAGAAACAGCAACGUGUCAGUGGAGCUGACUGCUCCCAUCAAAAGUGACCUUUACAUCACCACUCAAGGAGAGGGCAACGUGCAUGUCCAGAAGAUGGAGGGUGAUAACUGCAGGGUGCAGACAGAGAGGGGGAACUGCGUGCUGCACUCAGUCAAGGGUCACCAGGUGCAGGUCCAGUCCCAGGGGGGCAACGUCACUGGGGUGGGAACCAUCCAUGGCAACGUGGACAUCAGCACCUCUGGACACAGUGCGGUGAAUGUGAAGAAGAUCCAGGGUACUACUAUGAACGUGUCGACAGAACAUGGCUCUCUGAAGGUGAAGGCCAUCUAUGCUGAGUCCACCUCCAUAUCGUCCUCUUCAGGGAGGAUACAGCUGGGACACAUACAUGGCGAUGCCACAGUGCGGAAUGAGACUGGAGAUAUAUUUGUAGAUGGGUCUAAUAAUGGCUUCCUGAAGGUGUUGUCCAACAGUGGAAACAUUGAUGCAUAUGUAGGAGACAGUGGCAGUGCAGAACUCCACUCUCAGCAAGGUGCAGUGUCUGUGCGUGUCCCCUCCUCUAUAAGAGCAGGAGUGCAGCUGUGUGGAACCUCAGUAGAGACCAGCCCAGAGAUAGUCCUUCACCAAGCAGAGAGAGAUUCCAAAGAUGGCAUGACUACUGUCACCGGCCAUAUGAAUGGGCAACCCCAGGGUGACCAGUGGAUCAGGGCCCAGGCAGACAGAGGCUCCAUCACCCUGAAGGCACAGAGCUGGUUUGAGUCUCUGAAGCUGGGCAGCUGAGGCUUCACUCCUACACCUAGGCCCCAUUCCAACACUUCCAAAAAUGUCCUACCUACUUCCUGUCUACCUACUGAACUAAGUCCUCAGGGACAAGUGUAGACAUAACUGUCCUUUAUGUUGAUAGUGACUAUCUCACUGACUGUGACUGUUGGGCAGAGUCCAACCACCGUUCUUUCUCUGUUACUGCUAAGCUGACAUAGGAGAGACAAAAAAAGAGAAAUUUGCCAAUGUGGAACUGGGAGACAGAUCAGUGAUAUGAUGAAAUGAAUCGCCCUUUGGGGGUCUUGACACAUGCAGACGGAGAACCCCAUGAGAGCAGAUUUAAACAAAUUCAAAUCUAAUUGAUUUCUGUUCUCAAUCAAUAGUUUCAUUAGUGAAUAUCAUGAUGAAGGUAAAAUCACAUCUGUAGCAUUGACAACGGUUACUAGGCUUUAUUACGUGUCUAAAUGCAGUUGCAAAACAUGAUCACGGUUAGUAGAGGUAACUCAGUCAUUAUGUUUCUGCUUUAGCCAACUGUUGUCAUGAGAUGGCUCAAGCAUAAAUCUAGUGGCAGCCAGGCUAGUUCAGUCAUUGGCUGUUUCUGAAUAGCCGCGCUUGCAUUUUAAAUAAGUUUGAUAGUAUGUGAAAUGUAAAUGUUUUAGCUUUCUUUUAAUGGCAGGAUGUAUAUUCAUUUUGGCUUUUCAUCUAGUAGAAUUCAUUGCACACUAUUGAGGAAGAUAAUUGCCUUGUUUGUUAUGACAAACCAGGAGAACCUCACUCUUAAGACUUUCUGACCGUGGGGUUGAAACUGCAAAAUGCACAAAAUGUUUUUAGAUGCUUGGUAGAAGAAUGUGACCAGUGUUUGUUGUUGCCUUUAUUUUAAACUAUUCAUGGAGGGUUCAAUUUACUGUGAAUAAAAAAUACUGGGAAAAGUGUUGACAUCAACACUGACAAUGAAAUCAUAGAGGCAAUUUUGUAUUUGAAUAUUAUUACAAUGCAAAAAAUAUUUGCUGUAUGAUGUAAAUUAAAUAAUCCAUGUUGUAAUGCAUAUAAAACAUCUUUAUCCUUUUUCCCACUCAGUUGAAAUGUUUUGAUGUAGAAGCUUUACAUAAAUGUAUAUACUGCAUUGAUGUUCUGAUAAAAAUUCAACAAUAUUUCCUUGCCUAAAAAUAA